AUGCGUUUCUGGGGUGCUCGAGAUUGGUUCUGGGAUGUGGCCCUCGAGCACGAGGGGAGCAACAGAAGCCCACAAGCCGCACUGCCGCGUGUGCCGCGGCGGAGCUCCAGCUCGGCCGGCCCGCCGAUCUUCGCGCGCAACAGCCUGUACGACCGGGCGAACGCCAUUUUCCACCUGCCAGUCGUGGCUCAGGAGGUGCUGCAGGCGCUGCUCUGGCCGCACGUGGAGGCCGAGGAGGGCGGCGCCACCUGCGGCGCCGCGAACCGGGGCCUGUCGCUGGCGGUGACGUUUGUUGUGGUUGGACUUCCGCUCUACAGCGCGCUUCUUGCGAAGUUCACGCAGACAGCGGUCAUAAGGCUUCUGGACGCCCGGGCGGCGGAGCAGCUCGAGCGGGGAGCGUGCCCGACAGGCCACCCGCUGGCGCCCUUUUGGACCGACGUGCCGCACUACUACUGCUCGGUGUGCGGCCGCGAGGAGCUGCCCCUGGACCACCCCAUGCGGGGCUGCCGCCGCUGCGACUUCGACGCCUGCGGCGCCUGCUGCGAGGCCGCCGCCGCGCGCGCCGCGGCGGGGCCGCGGCCGCGCAGGGAGCCCGCGUGGGUGCGGCUGCUGCUGGGCCCGCGGCCGCAGCCCUGGGUGCCGCAGGUGACGCACGCCCUCCGGCGCACCACCAGCAGGCUAAUCUUCGUCACGGGUUGGCUCCUGGUGAUCGCGAUGCUCGGCAUGCACCGGCGCAUAUUUGGCGACCCCGGCCUGGAGCCUGAGGGUGGCAUCCUCGCGGGCCCGCGCUGCACGACGCGCGGCCCGCACGGCCACCAGGUGUGGCCCAUGAUGGUCCACGGCCGCGGGUGGAUGAGGAUGGGCGUCGGGCUCGUCUACAUGGCCUUCGGGGGCGGCUUCGCCUUCAUUCCCAAGCCGUCGUACAUGCCCUUCGCACUGAGCAUCCUGGCUUGGACCGUCAUGGCGCUGUACUGGCUCCUCGGUGACGAGUGGGGUUCCGUCUGGUGCUGGCUCGCGUCGUGCCUCUGCGCCGUGAUCUUGUGGAGCCUCACCUCCUGCAGCGCUUCCGCCUCUUCGACCCCGAGGUGA